GUUGCUAUUUCGUCGUGUGAUUUUGUGGCGAAGAGAAGCGAAUUAAUAAAUUGUUUGCAUAAUGCAAUAAACUAUACAUGAAGUCAUGAUCUCUCUCUGAUCUACGUGAAGUAUCCAUUCCGAGCAAACAGAACCCACAGAACCCGAACUAAAAGAAAGGAGACACUGGUCUGAGAGUGAAGGCCUAAAGAAGCCGCCAGCAAGAUGGAAGCAAGAGUCAUCCGUGAAGGUGUCAAUGACUUUCUUCCAGAAGGUCUUGGCAGUGAUAUUUCCUCACCGUCUUCUGUUUCUCUCACGCCUGAUCUUUCUCUCACGCCUGAUCUUUCCCUAACGCCUGAUGACAGCAAUUCAACAGCUGAAGAUGAACAAGAUGAGAAUGACGAGUACAACAUGUCAUCUGACAGUGAUUCCGAUGAUGACGGUAACGACGAUGAUGAUAAUGACAAUGACGAUAAUGACAAUGACGAUAAUGACAAUGACGAUAGUGACAAAGACCCAGUCACUGCUUCAACGUCUGCAGCUCUGUUGGAGGAGAGUGCUGAAAGUGAUGCUAAUAUGACAAUGUCGUUCCUCAGCGUCCCAGAAGAAAUGCAGCCCACUACGUCCAAACCGAAAGUCAAAAGGAAGUAUACCCCGAGAGAGAAAGGGAAGUCGCCCACUGUCUCCAAGAAGAGAAGGAAGAAGGAUAAAGGGAACGGGGAAGAGGGAAGCAAUGGAGGAGAUGAGAGGGAGGAGGCAGGAGAAGGAAAGAAAAAGAAGAAGAAUAAGCCCCAACAUCGGAGGAGAAACAUCAAGAAGUUCUUGACCCAUGGCGAACUGACGGCAGAUACCUUAACUGCACAGCAGGAGGAAGAGCAGAGACGUAAACGAUUAGAGGAACAAAAGAACGCAGCCAGUCUAAAUGCAUUUGCCAUACCCCCUGAGCUGAUGGAGAUGUUCGAUCAACAACCAACACUCGACGAUUCCCAAACACCAAUCUCUACGGUUACCGUUGAUGUUUCCAGUGCCUCUACGGCAACCAAACCAUCACCGGUAUCUGUUGGGAAUGACGAGGAUUGUAUUGUGCUGGGAAGCAGCAGCGAAGGAGAGGACGAAAGGAAGCAAUCUGGGCAGAGCGGAACUCACGUACACCCUCAGAAAAAAGAUGUGAUUGAGAUCUCCAGUGAUGAGGAUGCGGUGACCAUCUUGAGUGAUGAUGAUGAUGAUGAUGAGAGGGCGGGGGCGGAGUCAAGGUCUGGUGUGGAGGAGGCGAGUGGAAUGCACACUAAUGAUGCAUUGAACCAGCCGGACAUCUUUGGUAGGGUGUUGGUCAAUGUCAACAGACCGCAGGAUGAAGAAGAGAUAUUCUUACCACCGCAGAUUGUCAGAGCUGUCAAACCUCACCAGAUCGGAGGUAUUCGCUUCUUAUAUGACAACCUUGUAGAGACACUAAAGCGCUUCAGGGUAACCAGUGGCUUUGGAUGUAUCCUGGCACACAGCAUGGGGCUUGGUAAAACAUUACAGAUGAUCUCUUUCAUUAAUGUGUUCCUGAGACACACUGAGGCUAAGACGGUGUUAUGCAUUGUUCCCAUCAACACUAUCCUCAACUGGGUAGCCGAGUUUGACAUGUGGUUACCAGAACGUAAAUCCAACGGUGUGCCGGCAACAACGGAGAGGCCAAUCAAAAAGAAAAACUCAGGUCGGAAAUCAAAGAACGUCAAUGUUACCGAGGAUCAACAGAUGCCAGACAGUGUAGGAACUGAGGAGAGUAACUCUUUAUUUGGAGACGGGGACAGUCGUGUAGGGAUGGAUAGUCCUUUCGAAGGAUUGAGAACAAGUGAGGAUUUGUCAUGUGAUGGAGCGCCCUCAAGCACUACGUCACCCAAGGAGAGUAACGGAGAAGAGUCAAGCGGGGAUGUAACGUACCGACAGUUUCCAAUCUUUGUUAUGAACGAUUUUUAUCGCACCACGGCGGCGAGGCAUAAAAUAAUUACUAAGUGGUACAAGACUGGCGGCGUUCUCCUAAUGGGGUACGAGAUGUACCGCCUCCUUAGCAGUAGGGGAGCAAUGGCCACCUCCUCCACCACAAGACACAUGGCCAACAAGAAGAAGAAAAAGAAGCAGACGGCCAGUAACAAGCCGGAGAUCAUCGACGUCGAGGAAGAGGAUAAGAAUCAUCAGAUGGGAAUCGGUUUCCACAAGGCAUUGUGUAUACCGGGACCAGACCUGGUAGUCUGUGACGAGGGACAUCGGAUUAAGAAUAUUCACGCGGGGAUCUCUCAGGCGCUUAAGAAUAUCCGAACAAGACGAAGAGUAGUCUUAACCGGUUACCCUCUGCAGAACAACCUUCAGGAAUACUGGUGUAUGGUGGAUUUUGUCCGACCCAACUUCCUCGGUACUAGGCAUGAGUUUGCUAACCUGUUUGAGCGACCGAUUCAGAAUGGACAGUGUGUUGACAGCACAUACAAGGAUGGCCAACUGAUGAGAUUUCGAGCUCACGUCUUAUAUAGCCUCUUGGAGGGUUUCGUCCAGCGUCGUGGCUUCUCCGUCCUGCAUGACACUCUACCCUCUAAGGAAGAGACAGUGUUGAUGGUACGGCUGACACCGUUCCAGCGAGGUCUGUACGUGAAAUUCAUGCAUUGCUUCACUGAGAUGGGGGCGGGGGGUUGGUGUUCUGCUAACCCUCUCAAAGCAUUCUCUGUUGGCUGCAAGAUUUGGAAUCAUCCAGACAUCCUUUGUGAUGUGCUGCAUAAGAGAGAUGCAAUGGCUGAUCUUGACACAGAUCUAGAUCUUCCAGAGCCGUCUUCAAGAUGUUCCAAGAAGGGCAAAAAAGACGGCUCUAAAGCAGGGAAGAAGGUUGCAGAGAAAGCUUCAAUAGAUAAAGCUUCAACGGAAGCCAAGAAGGAGGAGCCUGAAGCAGCAAUCGGCCCCAACAUGGAGCAGUCAUACCAAGAGAAAGUCAAUCAAAUCAUCUCAUUUGAAUGGGCGAGAGACAUUAUGAAGAAUUACCAGCCCAGUAAGUUACACAACGGAGGCAAGAUGGUCCUUCUCUUUGAGAUCUUAGAAGCCUCGAUCAAUAUUGGAGAUAGACUCCUAGUCUUCAGCCAGAGCCUUAGUACCUUGUCCUUGAUCGAGAAGUUCCUUGCGGAUAGACCCAUGCCUCCACUCGCUGAUCCUCCAGCAGACUUUGAUGGCAAGUGGGCUCGGAAUAAAACAUACUUUCGUCUUGAUGGCAGUACACCAGCCACUGACAGAGAACGCAUGAUUAAUCAAUUCAAUGCUAAAGAUAACAAGGCUGUCUGGCUCUUCCUACUCUCUACAAGGGCUGGGUGUCUGGGAAUAAACCUGAUUGGUGCUAACCGAGUGAUCGUUAUGGAUGCUUCGUGGAAUCCAUGCCACGAUGCUCAGGCCGUGUGUCGCGUCUAUCGUUACGGUCAGAAGAAGAAAUGCCACGUGUAUCGGAUGGUGACUGAUAACACACUAGAGAAGAAGAUUUAUGAUCGACAGAUCUCAAAGAAGGGAAUGUCUGACCGCGUCGUUGAUGAGCUCAAUCCACAAAUGAAUCUCACCAAGAAAGAGGUAGAGACGCUCCUUGAGUUUGAUGCAGACGCAGAUGACAUGCCCUACGAGGACUUCAGUAAUCUAUCAGAAAAGUUCACUGACCCCAUGCUGUCCAAUAUUUGCAACAACUUCAGUAAUUUUCUCAGCAAGGCUCCGUUCGUCACUGAAUCUCUGCUGUGGGACCGCAAGGAUAGGAGGCUAACCAGAGCUGAGAAACGCCAAGCUAAGAGAGGCUAUGAGGAAGAGAAAAGGCUCAGGGUGUCUUACUCUCGACCCUCAUACACAGCUUUCUACCCUAAGAAUGGCAAUCCACCAGGCCAAACAGGCAAUUACAUGAAGGCACCAUUUGGGAUGCCCGCUCAAUUCUACAACCCUCGGCCGGCCGUCACUAUACCCCCAGUCCAGUCCACUCCGGUGCCUAGAUUUCAUCCGGGCUUUAAUUCAGGAACCAAUCAACGUCUAGCAGAUCUACAGCAAGCUGGCGUCACAAUGCAGAGAAUUGUAGCAACUACUGACAUUGUUCUCCCUGGUGUCAACACUCAAUCAUCGGGUCCAGUCAUCAAAGCCGGUCAGACAGUCACUUUUAUCAAAACACAGAAAGGCUUGUACCUACGGACAACAGAUGGUAGAAUUCUGGCUGUGAGAGGCCCGGGUGGAGGUCCGCAGGGCAAGGGGCUGCAGGGGCUGGCUCCGUUUGGCCAGUUCACUUCAUUAGGUACAUCAGGAGGAGACGGUGGCGGUGCUAACACACUGGGAAAGCCAUGGGCCAAUGCUACGACCGGUGUGCCGGGUGGGAAUCAAGGUGGGAUUAGUAGUAUGGAUGCAUGCAAUCUGCCGUCUGCCUCUACAGGGUCAGUUUGUGGAAGCAGCAACCCCUCAUCGGCAAAACUUGACAUUGUAGAUACCAAUCAAAUGAACAUGCAAGAGCUGUUGGACAAGAAUGACAUCACUGCUUCGUUGGCGAGCAGUAUUAGUAGUGAAAACUUUCUGCCGAAGCUGAACUUCACCUCCUCCUCGUCCGGAAAUUCCAUGAACCCAACUCAUCAUUCAGGCUAUCCACAGAGUCUACAGUCACUAAACAGCUUAGCGUUAGGGGAAAACACCCAGAACACGGCAGGUAUGCAAACUAUGUCACCCAUGGCCUCUGCCCUACCACCUAGAAACUUACCUCUUUUCGGCAGUUCCACCCCCCUGCAGAGCUCGGUGGGUACCCACCAUAUACCCACCACAGCUUCCAUUAUCUCCUCCUCAGGUCGUCUUAAUUCAGUUACACCCUCAAAUCACAGACUACUUUCACAGCAAUCAGCAUUUCCUAACUCCUCCUUGAGUAUGUCCGGAGGCACAGUACCACUAGCCGCCAUUGGUUUGCUCGGCGGCCCACACUCCGGCAAUCUUUGUGCAGCACCAUCGUCUAGCGCCACCUCCGUCACAGCUUCGAGCGCUGUCUUGCAACCCAAAUCUUCUUUCCACACCGAAUCUCACAUUCCAUUGACUCUGAACAAUUUGUUAGAUGGCAAUCCUAUCAAUGCAGCCAGUAAGAGUCAAGCUGGGAAUGACAAUGGAGCUGCUGCUGAACAAAGUGCAAUUGGAAACCUUGGGUCAUAUGAUCAGAUUUUUUAAGGGAUCCGCUAUUAGUGGAGUCUACUUUAUUAACGUCGAAGCCAUUUGCCUUUCCGUCUAAAUUCAGGCAGUUUGUGGCGCCAUUUACUAAAGGCAACUUAGCUAAGUCUUCAAUGAGGCACUUGGUUCCAACUGGUACCUUUAACCUCAAUCAGAUACAGUGAUGUAACUGUAGCCCCCCCAGCCUUUGUUUGGAACCAUGUCCAGUGAUGUUUCUUCUCUGAUGAUCUCUUCGGGACUAGUCCCGGUUGUUUUUAGAAGGGCAAAACUCCAUGGUUCUUGCAUGGAGUAAGUAACCUCAUGGCAACUAAUCAUUUUAGAAAACUGCUUGAUAAUUCUUGUACAACAACAGACUGUAAGUCUCGCAGGUGUUUGAACACUGGGAUAUGAUCACAAACACGGAAUGUCAUCUUCGAGAGGGCACCGAAAGGCCAUUUUCAUUUUGCACUUCCACAGGAAAAUCUUCAAUGUCUAUGGGUAACUUUGAAGUGGGCACCAAGGCGACUAGGACCUGAGGCCUCAGAGGCGGUGUCAGUUCAAGGCACUCAGUUAAAGGCACUGGACUUGUUUGAUAGUAACUCAAAAUAUGCAUUACCAUAACAACUUACUUGGUAAUGAGCAGGCCUGAAGCAUCUUUCUGAAACCACACACAUUGUGCAACAAGGGUGUUGAUUUCCUUCGUUAUUUUCUUGCAACUUCGAUGACCAAUUGAGCUUAA